AUGUUCGACGUUCGCAUUUCAGAAACGUCUGAAGACUCUGAAAACGAAAAAGUUUCGUGCAAUAUAUUUGAUGUGGACGAAAACUUAACGCUUGAUACUAUUCGCUAUAGAAUUCUGAAAGAAACAAAAGAAUUACUCAAGGGGGAUUACAGGUUUACUGUAUCUGGUGUCCCUCUGAGUCUAGCACAAGAACAAACUGUCCUCGUCAGUGAGGCCAUAACAUCGCAGCGAGGCGAGCCAGUGAUACGAUAUCAAUUGUGGUACGGAGAAAAACAAGGGCCUAUAUAUAAAUCAGUGCCAGUGGAGACGAAGUGGAAAGAUGCCCAACAAAUUAACAAUGUCAAUGAAGAACAAUUAGGGACAUCCAGAAAGACAACGUCAGAAGCAACGUCCCAAAGCCAAAAGUCAGCAUUAUCUAUGCUUAAGUCCCCUACAACUUGUUCAAUUAAAGGAAUCAAGCUGUUCUCUGAUAAAGAAAGAGAAACAAGUAUUGGAAAAGAAAAAGAAAGAAGGAUCUUUUGGAAUAGAAGAGCAACAGAGUUAUGUAAAGAAGAACCUAAGAAAGCAGAUCUGUACAAACGAAUCCACGAAGAUUGGCGUAUUCAUAAGACUGAUUCGAUGACGAAGGAAGUCAAUGAUUUAAGCCAAUUAAGGCCCAGUAAGUCAACUUUAAAGAAAGGAACCUUACAAAGCAAUCUUGCACGUGUGGAAUCUUCAAAACAAAACAUAACAGAUUUACGAGAAGCAAUUAUCAAGACAGACAAACACAUGGUCAUGGAAUUGCGAAAGUUACGAGAUGAGCUUUAUUCUACACAGAGCGAAUUGCGUAAGGCUCAAGAUGCAUUAAGGAAAACAACCAAGAAGCUUAACAGUUGA